AUGGCUGAAAAGCGCGCUGUAUUUACGGAAAAGGGUGUUCCACCACUCCCUGUUUUGUCCCAAGCCGUUGUUCACAACGGAAUGAUAUACUGUUCGGGUAGCCUCGGCCUUGACCCGGCCACAAAGGAGAUGGUAUCGGGAGGAGUUGGCCAAAGAACCGCGCAAGCAUUACAGAAUCUUAAGGUUGUCCUUGAGGCUGGUGGGAGUAGCGUCAAAAACGUCGUGAAAGCCAACGUGUUUUUGACCUCGAUGAAAGAUUUCGUGGAGAUGAACAAGGCCUACGAGUCUUUCUUUGCAGAUGGAGUUAAACCAUGCCGCACCUGCGUAGCAGUGAAGGAACUGCCUUUUGGAACUGAUGUUGAGAUUGAAUGCAUUGCAUAUCUGUAA